AUGUCGGCCAGAAAUGGUGCUUCGGGCAUCAGCAAAGAGGGUCCCGAAGCAGACAAGAGGCUGCUAGGCAAGCGUAAAGAAGUUCUGCUAGGAAGAUUGAGGCGUUACCUGAACCAUCCGGACACCAAGCAUGAUCACAUCGACGCUUUACGGGAUGCUCUCCUUCCCAAAAUUUCUUAUCUCAGCGACAUUGACGCAAGACUUGAACUCGCCAAGUCUUGGUGCCGCAGUUCGCAUUCGGCCUAUUGCAAGCAUCAUAGAAGAGACUUUGAAGUUGUGGACAAACUGGCGUGGGCAUCACUCAUGAUGGCGCCGAUGGAGGCCAUUCGCAAAUUCCACGAUGAAGAGUUGUUUCCCAAACGUGGUUAUCUUCCGGCUCACCAUUACGAGCCCAAGGAUGGCCUCAACGCGGUCGAAGUAAAGGACCAUCUGAGAGGCGAUAUCAAACAAGCUAUUUCCGCUUCUUCACUCCGAGACGAGAGCACUUGCGUUGUCACAAAGUCUGCCGACCCCAGGGUUUGUCUGGUCCUUCCUUUUCCUACUUCGCAAACUGCUGCUUCGUUGGAGUAUAUCUUGCAUAAAGAUUCGGGAGACAUUUUUGGCUUUGAGAUUCGCAAGUAUCUCGCUGUUUUACAGUCGCUGGCUACCGUCUUCUCUUUGGUGAACAUGAUCUCCCUCAACGAGAUACUCUCGAAAUGGUGGGCGAAGGCGUGGAUUGCCCUCGAGCCUAUCUCACAAACCGACUGCUCCAUCCGGCUCCGGCUUAGAUGGCUCCGAAAAGCCAUGUUUGAUCAGGAAAGGGAUCAUAGAGUUGGCAGGCUCGAAUCUGUCCGAGGAUCCUACGCCAAAGUGGUGUGCAUCGACAUGGACCCCCGCAUGGUCUCUCGGGAGAGACUCACUCAGUCUGGAAAGUCUCUUCGCAUGGUCCACUUUGAAACACGUGAGUACGUCGAGGACGGCUACGAGUUCGACAUUACUGCGGCCAGGAAGGAAGACCUCCCAGACUUUGGACUGCUCAAGGUUCGGUACAUCCUUUCGAUAGCUUUGUCACUGACGGGCGAGGGGUUAGCCGAGGACGAUCAGCAGUGA